CAGGAUCAACUGAUCUCGGCACAACGCCAGGCUACAUGACACCGGAACGUAUCAAACUGGUCCAAUUCCUCGCCAUGACCGGACCCCUCGACUACAAAUUCAUCUUCAGGUCGCCCAAGCUAUCCUACACGGACAACGUAUUCAUCCUCUCCUUCCACCAUCAAGUAUGGCUAUCGAUCGGAGGAAUUGUUCUAUUGGCGGCAGCACUCCAGCUGAUUAUAUCACGCUUCGAACAUCCAUCGGAAGCCGCGGACGAUCCCCGUGGCCACAUAGGCCCCGGCGAAGUUCUGUUGAGCAUGAUCGGCAUCGCCAGUCAACAGGAGUCACUGGUUGAUCUGCGAUCGGUUUCGUCUCGUACGAUGAACAUCGUCAUGUUGAUCAGUUUGAUGUUUCUGUACAUUAGCUAUUCGGCGAACAUCGUGGCGGUGAUUCAGAGUCCUUCGACGCGGGUUCGGACACUGGGAGAUUUGAUGGGGUGGAAGUUUGACCUGACGGCACAGGAUAGUGCCGUUAACCGGAUCUUUAUGGCGAACGAAUCCGAUCCUCUACGAAGCAACGUCUACGACAAAAUUGUAAACUCCCACGGAUUUCUCCCGGUGGCCAACGGAACGGAACGCAUCCGGCAUGGUCUUGCCGCAUUUCAUGGUGACACGAACGAAAUCUAUCGCUACAUGGUCGAACACUACGACGAGGAUGAGAAGUGCAAUCUUCAAGAAAUCAACUUGUUGCCAGCGCUUCAUAGAUACUACGCCGUUGCGAAGGAUUCUCCGUUGGCGGAGCAUAUCAAAUACGGACUCCUAAAACUCCACGAACUGGGAUUUCUUCAACGCCACAUCGCUCUGCACUACCAGAGGAAACCACCCUGCAUCGGUGAUAGCCUUUUCGUUCCGGUUUCGAUGAUCGAUGCCAUUUUCAGCCUCCAACUGAUGGGAUGGGCUGUGGCACUUGCAAUUGUCGGCUUGGCACUGGAAAUUACCUGGCAGCGGUACAAUGUGCAACUCCGUUCGCUCUUGGGUGGAUCCAACGGAAAAUCCCGAAAAAAUAAACAACACUAAUGGGUAGAAGGAUCCGGUUGCAGCGAAUUUACAAGAGAGUGAUGCAGAUCAACCAUCGGUAAAAAAUGUCUUGCACAGAAAGAGAUAGGAUCCGGCUGCAUAGGAUGGUGAACAAUCCGUACCUGGCGGACGUUAAAUUUCUAGUGGGCAGCAAAAGGAA